AGUCGAACUUUCAUCACACAAACAAAAACCAUUCACUUAUAAUUCCUCGGCAAAUCUUUUUAGUUUAUUUAAUUUAAUUUAACCGGCUUGGAGUAAAAAUGGGAACCGAGGAGGAGCUGCUGUUCCGCAACUUCCAGCGCCUGAAGAGAUACAUCUUCGACGACGAGAAGGUGUCCACCACCACAUCCCGCGAGCAGCAAAAGACGGAGAGCUCGGUGGAGAAAUGCUUCGACCGCUUCGAGCAGAUAAUGUUCACCAACCCGCGCCUCACCCAGAUCUUCCGGCUGGAGCACCAGUACUACCUGGACGCGAUGCUAAGGCGGCUGCCCUCCAAUUACGAAUGCCUGGACAGCAGUCGUGCGUGGUGCGUUUACUGGAUCCUGCAGGCGGCCCAGCUACUUAGCUUUAACUUCGACGACCAGACAUUAGACCACGUGGUCCAGUUUCUAAGCAAAUGCCGUACGCCGACUGGGGGUUUUGGAGGAGGACCUGGACAGUAUGCCCAUCUGGCGCCCACCUAUGCAGCAGUGAACAGUCUGUGCAUCAUCGGAAGCGAGCAGGCGUACCGUGCCAUCGACCGACCGACUUUGGUCCAGUUCCUGUUUAGUGUGCGUGACGCGGACGGUUCCUUCCGGCUCCACGUGGAUGGUGAGACGGAUGUGCGUGGCGCCUACUGCGCCAUCUCCUGCGCAAAACUGCUAAAUCUUCCCGAGCCAGUGAUCAAGGAGCUGUUUGCCGGCACUGGAGACUGGAUAGCACAGUGUCAGACAUACGAGGGAGGAUUUGGCGGAGCCCCUGGUCUAGAGGCCCAUGGUGGAUACACCUUCUGCGGAAUCGCUGGCUUGGCGCUGCUCAACGAGGCUGAUAAGUGUGACAGGCAGGCUCUGCUCAAGUGGACACUGCGCCGUCAGAUGCGCUACGAAGGCGGCUUCCAAGGGAGGACCAACAAACUGGUUGAUGGCUGCUACUCCUUCUGGGUAGGCGCCACCAUUCCCAUUACGCAGGCUACGCUAUCCGGCGUCGACAAGCAAAUGGAGCACACCCUUUUCGAUGUUGAGGCCCUGCAGGAGUAUAUCCUGCUCUGCUGCCAAAAGCAGAACGGCGGGCUUAUCGACAAACCCGGAAAACCGCAGGAUCUCUACCACACCUGCUAUACCCUCAGUGGCGUUUCCAUUGCCCAGCACUCGGAGUGCGCCAAUAGCCCCCAGGUCCUGGGCGACACCAUUAACGAGCUACUGCCCACCCACCCACUGUUUAACGUCCCACCAAAGUCCGUUGCAGCUGCCAGGAGCCACUUCAGCAAUUCCAAUGACACAGAGUUCUCGGGAAAGGACAGUCCCAGCAAGAAGGAGAGUUAAGGCUUCAGGAUAGGAGGAGGCUGCGCAAUGAGGAGCUUUCGUUGGAUGGUGGUUUACCUUUAAAGAACUAAAUUUGCUUUAAUAAAUUAAUCUUUGAAAUAUUGUA